AAUUUGUAUUUAUGAAUGUAGCUUGUCCAUUUAUCAUUUCAAUCAGUUGGCCCCGCCCUCGACGUGCUCGUGACGCGCCGUUUUACGCACAACCGCCAGCGGCGCUCUGCUGUCCAGAACACCUUCACCAGUCCUCUGCACCGGCUACCGACGCGCUCACACACUCAUCGUUUUAAGUGUUUCUUACGGUAGGCCCAUGCAGUUAUUCGCUGUACUAUACACGGCCUUUUUCUUUCUUAUUAAAAGAGAAUGUGAAGCAUAUGGGGAAUGCUGUGCGACCGACCGCUGAAUGAUUUCUAUGUUCUGUGGAGAGGAUCGUUCCUACGGUUAGGGAGUCGUUUCGUUUCGCUUUAUACGUUUACCAUCUCCUCCAUCCGAGAAUAUGGUGAACGCAUUGGUGAGGCAAGUGAGACGGUUCCCAUGGGUGACCAACGUGACCAUGUACGGAUGCCUUUUCGCCGGAGGAGACUUCGUACAUCAGUUAUUCACACGGAAGGAGAAGGACAUUGACUGGAGACACACUCGGAAUGUGGCCCUCAUCGCCUUCAGCUUCCACGGGAACUUCAACUUCUUCUGGAUGCGCUUCUUGGAGCGGAGCUUCCCCGGGAACUCCGCCCGGAUGGUCGUGCGUAAACUGCUCCUGGACCAGACCACCGCGGCGCCGCUGGUUACCUCCGUGUUCUACACAGGAAUGAGCGUCUUGGAGGGGAAACCGGACAUCUUUGAGGACUGGAGAGAGAAGUUCCUGAACACCUAUAAGACUGGACUGAUGUUCUGGCCCUUCGUGCAGUGUGUGAACUUCGCCCUGGUGCCGCUCUACGUGCAGACCUCCUUCACCGGCUGCUGUGCCUUCGUCUGGGCCACCUUCCUCUGCUUCUCGCGGCAGAGCGGCGACGGUACGGCCAGCGCCGCCCUGGCCUGGAUCUCCGGCCCCCUGGGCCGCCGCGCUGAGGCGGGGGGGGCCGGGGGCCCGCAGAGGGGGGCCACCUCUGAAGGAGAAGAGGAGGUUCAGCUCAGGGAGGAACGGGCGGUGGAGGCUGGAAACACAAAGGCCAACAUUGUUGAAAGAGAGAGUGAUGAUGUGGAGCGGCUGGACGAGGAAGAGGACGUGGAAGUAGAGGAGAGCAGUGAACCCGAGGGACAAGGCAGCACCGGCCUCGUCCCUCAGGUUCAGAAGGUCGCAGGCGGUCCCGAUAUGGAAUUAAAGAAAUCUAUUUCGGAUACGGAGCGCGCUUUGAGGAGCUACGGGGCCGUGUCCAACACAGCGUGGACCACAGACAAAGGCCACUCUGACGUGUCCAUGGCAGAGAGUACCAUCUCCCCAGAUGAGAUCGAGGUGGAGAUGAAUCGUAUCCAGAGGCUGAGAGAGGUUCUGGUGCGCCGCGAGUCCGAGCUGCGCUUCAUUGUCGGCAUCAAACCCAGACGGUUUGUCUGCUGCAGGGAGAGAGAGGAGGAUCAGGAGAUGGCCGAGUUCCUGAGGAAGAAGCUGAGGCCGCUGGAAAACAAGCUCAAAGUGACGCAGACCCCCCCCAAGCCCCACCAGAGACUGGAGCCGCCGCCCAACAAGCCCUUCAUCACCAAGUCGGGCGGAGCCAUCCUCAGGGACUGCUGCGGCAACGCCCAGUGCGCCGUCAUGUGAUCCUCCCCUCCGCCCCCCUCCCCCCCUCCAUCAAACAGCCCCCCCCCCUCCUCCCCGCGGACCCCGAGGAAUGGGGGGGGGGGGGGGAUCAGGUUAUGAAUGAGUGAAUGCUGAGUAUGAAUGCUAUGCGUGGAUUGCGCUCACACGUUUAUGCACAAAUCACAUUACGGUUCAGUUGAGGGGAGAUCGCAUCUCCAGUCAGCCUGAGGGGAGACAUCACAUCGAGGGGGGGGGGGGGGGGGGGGUUCAGCAGACCGUAGACACCGCGUGGGCGAGAUUCAGGCCAGGGUUUGAGACAUCUGGGUCAGGUUAGACUUUCGAAGAGAUGGAGACGGAGACGCAGCGCCCACAGAGGUAGCCCGCUCAGACGGCCCCGUCUGUUGUGAGGGUACUGCUGAGACGGCCCCCUGGGGGGCGACGAUAGGAGGUCACCACAGGAGGCCCAACAGAAAGCACAAUGCAUGUCCAAGUGUCAACUUUACCAGACCACUAGAAAAAUAUCAUUUUGUAAUUCUCCUCAUUGUGGAUAUUAACGGGUACUAAUGCUUCCAUGUAACACCGGUAAAGACCUCGGACAGUUAAGCCUUUACGUUGCAUCUAUUUGGUGGGGUGUCAUCUAUGAGCCAAUCAGAUACGAGGACACUGGGUUAAACCCGACAACCCGUCUGAUGAUUGGAGGAGCCCGGUCCCAUCAGGGGAAAGCAUCCCACCGUGUCUCGCUACCCUUUAGUUCAGAAGAUGAUCUCUUCAUAAUUUACGAGCAGUGCUAACAUUUAAGCUUUCUAAAAACACAUUCAAUGCAAAUUCCCAUUAACCAUAGUAUAGUGGCUAAUCACUGAAUUAUGAUGAAUUAACAUCAGUAUCACUUGUAGUAAUCAGUUUCAGGGUCAUUCGGGAUGUGUAGAUAGAUAUAAGAUCCGUUUAUCAGCAUUUGUAACGUCGAUCUGACUCAUUCUCCUCUAUGAAUGUCACUGUAUCGCUGGCAAUACAAGUACCCGACACCUCAGCGUCACAAAUGACCCCACUACUGCAGAAGCAUUCCACACAUCCAUAUUAGCAACAGUCACUUUCAUGUGGUUACUAUUAGUAUUUACUCUAGCAAUGGACGGUCAGAGUGAAUGCAGCUCUUGUAAAUGCCUCAGUUACGCUCAGACCAAGUGUAUUUAAUGACUCUUGUGGACAACUUUACCUUUAAUUUCCUCCUGAUAUUACUUAGCAAUUAGCAGUAGUGACAUUAAAAGGUACCAUGUUAUAUAUUACAGUAUACAUAUGCAGAACGGAUAAAUUGUAUAUAGAUGUUUCAAUAAAAAGGCAUCUUUCAAGAAAA